AUGGCCCUCCGAACAAACGAUUCCAGCCGUCGUCCGUCUCCUCUCCGUCCUGGUUCCUCCUUUGCUUUUGAGACACCCAUGGAUCCAACUCUCGGCAAGGACGUACACCCUGUCUUCCAUGAAGGUCGCGUCGCUGUAAUCACCGGUGCUGCCAGUGGUAUCGGACGAGCAGCAGCGUUGGAAUUUGCCAAAACUGGCCUUAAAAUCGCCGUCGCUGACGUGAACGAAAAGCAGCUCCGUGAAAUCGGCGCGGAGGUCGCCAAGGUCGUCGGCGAGGCGAACGUGCUCGUCGUCCCGACGGACGUGAGCAAGCUCGACCAGGUCGUCCGGCUGCGCGACCGAGUGUACGAAGCGUGGGGCGAGGUUGGCGUGCUCAUGAACAACGCCGGCAUCGGCCCAACCGGCACCUCCUGGGAGGGCCUCGAUAGCUGGCAUAAGCUCUUCGAGGUCAACGUCUUUGGGAUUCUGAACGUCCAGCAGACGUUCGUGCCAUCUAUGCUCCACCAGGAGAACCCAGCGGUGAUUAUAAACACCGGCUCUAAGCAGGGCAUUACGAACCCUCCAGGCAACGCCGCGUACAACGCGUCCAAGGCUGCCGUGAAGUCGCUCACAGAGGGUCUCGCGCACGAGCUGCGGAACGUGCCAUCCGCAAACCUCACCGCGCACUUAUUUGUUCCUGGAUGGACAUGGACAGGCAUGACGGGCGACAACGGCGAGAAGGAGAAGCCCGCCGGUGCGUGGACCGCCCAGGAAACCGUGCUUUACAUGCUCGACCACGUCCGCCAGGGCAAGUUCUACAUCGUCUGCCCGGACAACGAAACCCGCCGCGAGGUCGACCAGCUCCGCAUCAUGUGGGCCGCAGGCGACGUCGCAGAGGGCCGUCCCGCGCUCAGCAGGUGGCACCGGGACUACAAGGCGCUGUUCGAGGAGUAUAUUAAGGACGGGCUGGCACAGCUCGAUUGA